AACCAUGAUUCUCAGAUCUCAGUCUCCUGAGUAGCUAGGAUUUAAGCAUGAUCCACUGGCACUUAGCUUUAGAUGUAUAAAAUUUAAGGAUCUUUUGAGGCAUCCAAGGAGAGGUAGGGUGGUGAUGGUUGUAUAAGUCCUAGUUGUUGUUUUCCAUGACUUAUUUACUCUUUGUUGUCAUUAGAUUAUCGUGAAAUGUACCGAAGACAUCUAAGAGAAAAAUACCUAAAAACAGGACCGGAUAAAUGUUUCCACCAUUGCAAGCAUAUAGAUACGCGGCUACUUCUCGUAAAAGAGUAUGGUAUAUCAGAAAAGACCUCCUGUGGAGUUCCUCAGCAAGAUCGUUUUAUUGAGAUGGAGCACAUGUUUGAUCCUGAUGAACCGGGCUGCAACUCCUCCAAAACAGUGGUGCUUCAGGGAUGCCCCGGGAGUGGGAAAACAGCAAUGGUGCACAAGUUCAUGUUUGAUUGGGCAGCAGGAAUGGUUACUCCAGGCAGAUUUGACUAUCUCAUCUAUGUCAACUGCAGAGAAAUAAGCCAUACUGCUCCUCUUAGUGCUAUCGACUUGAUCACCAACACUUUUCAAGAUAUAAAAGAGCCAAUCCUGGACAUUAUCAUUGAAUAUCCAGAGAAGCUUCUGUUCAUUCUUGAUGGCUUUCCUGAGCUGCCAUACAUUUUCUGCUAUCAUGAAGAUGAUCUUAGUGAUAACCCCCAGGAGAAGAAGCCAGUAGAGUCUCUCCUGUGUAGUUUUGUGAAGAAAACACUAUUUCCAGAAUCUUCUCUCCUGAUAACUGCCCGUCUUACUGCCAUGAAGAAGCUCCACUCUCUAUUAAAAGAACCUAUCGAGGCAGAGAUCUUGUGGUUUAGAGAUGCUGAAAAACGUGCAUAUUUCUUGAGUCAGAUAUCAGGUGCUAAUCGAGCAAUGAGUGUCUUUUGUGACUUGCGAGACAAUGAACACCUUGACAUUAUAUCUUCACUGCCUAUUGUCUCCUGGAUGCUGUGCAGAGUUCUGCAGUCACAGGAUGACGAAGAUAAGAAUCUUAUGAAGUCACUGCAUACCAUGACUGGUGUGUAUCUGUUCUAUUUUUCUAAGUGCCUCCGAACCCUUAGAGGUAUCUCAGUGUGGAUGGGACAGAGUUGCCUGCGGGGCCUUUGCUCUCUGGCUGCAGAGGGACUGCAGAACCAUCAGGUUCUGUUUGCAGUCAGUGACCUCCAAAGACAUGGGAUAGGAAUUCAUGAUGCUACCUGCGAUUUUCUCAAUCACUUCCUGAAAAAAGUGGAAGAUGAUGUUAAUAUUUACACCUUCCUUCACUUCAGUUUCCAAGAGUUCUUGACUGCUGUGUACUAUGUCCUGAAGAAUGAUAACAGCUGGUUAUCUUUUAAUCAAGUCGGGAAAACAUGGCAAGAAAUAUUCCAACAAGUUGGAAAAGGAUUUUCCUCACCAACCAUACAAUUCCUAUUUGGACUCGUACAUAAAGGGAAAGAAGAGGUUGUGGAAAAUGUUUUUGGAAGACAAGUCUCUCGAGAACUUGAAGAAGAGUUGUUGAAAUGGACUGAGAGAGAAAUGAAGGAUAAAACUGCUCGGUUACAGAUGGAGCCAGUGGACUUGUUUCAUUGUUUGUAUGAGAUGCAGGACACAGAAUAUGCAGGGAAGAUGGUUGAUCACUUACAGUCACUUGUGCUGCUCCAAGCUACCUAUACAAAAAUGGAUACACUGGCUAUGUCAUUUUGUGUCAAAAACAGUCACAGUGACUUGUCAAUGUCUCUGAAGUGUCAGCACCUUCUUGGAUUUGAAGAGGAAAUACAUAUGUCAGUAUUUAUACCACCAUCCAUGCCAACAGCACCAUUUAAUCACCCCUUUCAGCUGCAUAAUUUGUAUUCAUCCCAGCUACAUUUCCUCUGCCAAGCACUGCGUGAUCCAGCCUGUAAAAUCAAAGACCUGAAAUUGAUUUUCUGCCACUUCACAGCUUCUUGUGGUAGAGACCUCUCCUCAGUAUUUGAGACAAACCAGUGUCUGACAGAGUUGGAAUUUGUAAAAAAUACCCUGGAUGAUUCAGGAAUGAAACAGUUUUGUCAUGGAUUAAAACACCCACAUUGCAUGCUGCAGACUUUGAGGUUGUACCGGUGCCUUAUUUCUUCUGAUUCUUGUGAAGCGCUGGCUGCUGUUCUUGCCACCAAUCGGUGCCUCACUGAGCUAGAAUUUAAUGAGACAAAACUGGAAGCCUCAGCUUUACAGUUGCUCUGUGAAGGAUUAAAACAUCCAAACUGCAAAGUACAGAAGCUCAAGUUGUGUGGUAGCCUUCUCCCAGAAAGCUCAGAGAUUGUUUGCAAGUAUCUCGCCUCUGUUUUUAUUUACAACCAGUACAUCACUGAGUUGGACCUGAGUGAAAAUCCCCUGGGGGACAAAGGGGUGAAGUAUCUUUGUGCAGGUCUCAAAAAUUACAACUGUAAAGUGGAAAAACUAGACUUGAGCAAAUGUUGCCUCACAGAUGCUAGCUGUGUGGAGCUUUCUUCCUUCUUGAGAAGGAGUCUGACUUUAAAAGAAUUAUUUGUGUUUGCCAAUGUCCUGGGGGACACGGGAGUACAGCAUCUCUGUGAAGGUGUGCUGCAUACAAACAGCAUAAUUGAGAAUCUUGUGCUUUCUGAAUGUUCCCUCUCUGCAGCUUGUUGUGAGACCCUCGCCCAAGUCCUUUGCUUCACUAGGAGCCUGACAAAACUGCUCCUAAUUAAUAACAAAAUUGGAGAUUUGGGACUGAAACUGCUGUGUGAAGGAUUAAAACGCCCCGACUGUCAGCUAAAGGAUCUGGCGUUGUGGACCUGUCACCUAACCGAGGCGUGUUGUCAAGAUUUGUGCAAUGCACUGUACACCAAUGAACACCUGACAGACCUUGACCUCAGUGACAAUGCCUUAGGGGAUGAGGGCAUAAAGGUCCUGUGUGAAGGAUUAGAACACCCUUCUUGCAAACUACAGACCUUGUGGAUAGCUGAAUGUCAUCUAACAGAUGAGUGCUCUGGAGCUCUUGCCUCUGUCCUCAACAGAAAUGAGAGGCUAUUAUUGCUAGACUUAAGUGGAAAUAACUUCACAGAUUUUGGAAUACAAAUGAUGUGUGAUUCAUUGAUUCAUUCAAGUUCUAAUCUUAAGACAUUCUAUAUUGACACAGAUAAUUUAAGUGAAGAAACGAUGAGAAAGAUGGAAAUUUUAAAAAUAAGCAAGCCUGGAAUCACCUGGUAGUUUCCAAGGAGAGUGCCUGAGCGGAUUGCACAUAACUCCCUCCCCAUAUUGUACCAUGUUUAUAAACUGUUCAGUAUUAUUUUCCCAAAUCCUUUCAUCUUUGCUGAAGAUGCUGAUAAGAAACAAGCAGCAGUGAUUGCUAUUUCUUCCAUAAAAGCAUCCACUAAGUAGAAUGUAUAUGGCAGAUGCACCUUAGUUCAAGUGUUUUCAGCAAUAAUCCUUUAUGUUCAUAUAUUGUGUUACUGUGUUUCCUGUACUAUUAUUUAAAAAUCCUUUAAGGUGAGAAGACAAGGUUCAGAGAAAUUGUGACUAGGUUUAUGUUACAUAGCUCACUGGUGUGAGUAUAUAGACUUGAGUCAGGCUGGGUAUCCCUGGUGUAGAUUUAAACUAAAUUUUAAUUCAUGAAUGAGAGAGGAAGGAAGGGACUCAUUUCAUGGAGGAGGUAAGACUUCAUGUGAGCUUUGAAGAAUGAAUAGGUAUGAGAAAGGCAAAGAUACAAUAUCCAGUGCCUUUAAGUCUGCCAGCUUACAGAGCUGUGUUUGUGAGCAGCUCACUAAAAUAGCCUAGAGGAAAAGAGAUGUUUGCAUUAGGAUUUUGUAAGCUGCCACAAAAUCCAGUUUCAACUCCAUUUUUGGACAUCUAAUAUCUCUCAAAUGUGUUCUUCAUAGGUUCGCAGGACUGACAUUCCUUAUUUCUGUCCGUCUCUUGCUUAUCCCAGUACUAAUUCUGCAUAAUCCUGUUUGCAUCUCUGCCUAAUUUGUCCCAAACAGUAGCUAUGAGGCAAGUAGGGA